AUGGACUAUUUGGUAUACCUACCUUGGGCCCUGACUACUUGGACCGGCGUGGAUACUCGACUGCAUUCGUUCUUGUACGUCUACCGUACCCUGGCAAGCGAGAACUUCGACAUGGCGAUGUCUAUAUCCACUUCCUCGGACCAUACGGGUCUUGGAUCGGUCCCGGAUCCUGCGCCGUCCAGCGAGCGCAGCCCCAGUGAAAGCCUCCAGCCAUCCCGCAGCUCAAACGACGAGGAAAUAAGAAUUGCACAAGCUAUUGCAGACUUGGCGGAUACCUGCGACAACGCUUUCGUUCGGUCAUCAACGCAGUACCAUAGCCAUCAUAGGCCUUACUCGUCAGUGGAGUUGCAGCAACAACGUCUGUCGACAUACUACGGUAUCGCAAUGGGAUCGAACACUACUCUUGAGAUGAACGACAUGGGGACUCCAGGGCGAGAGAGACCGCAUGUGAGAAACGGGCAGGGGGGUGACUACGUCCCGAAUUUGCAAUCCUACGGCACCUCUCAGCACUCGAGUCUGCAAUCCAUAUCCACCAAGUACGGGGUCGACAAUGCAGAUUCCGCAGACAGUCUCCCGCGGCUCAAGCACAAGCAAAAGAGCAGGAAGACGCAUCUCCAGGAGACGCAUUCCACCGGUGACGAGGCCCAAAGCCCGACUUCCACAAUGGAAAGCGAGCAGCAUGAUGCACAAUCCAUGGGCGGUGCCGGCCCAGCAUACCCUUCAGCAGCAAAAACAGCAGUUAUCAUGGUCUCGCUCUACAUCUCCAUCUUCCUAGUCGCCCUCGACAGGACCAUAAUCGGGCCCGCCAUUCCCGCUAUAACGAACCAGUUCAACAGCAUCGACGACAUUGGCUGGUACGGCAGUGCCUACAUGCUCACUUCGGCAGGCUUCAUCCUACUCUACGGUCGCAUCUACACGUUUUUCCCCACAAAACCCGUCUUCUUGUCUGGCAUCUUUCUCUUCGAGGCAGGCAGCGUGGUAUGCGGCGCCGCGCAGAGCAGUAUGAUGCUGAUUAUUGGCCGGGCGAUUGCCGGCUUGGGCAGCAGUGCCAUCUUCACGGGAGCCAUCUUGAUCAUGCUGAACACGGUACCGCUGCACAAGAGACCGAUGCUGCAGGGGCUAUUUGGCGCGUGCUUUGGCGUUGCAAGUGUGGCCGGUCCGUUGCUUGGAGGCGCUUUCACUGCUGGUCUUGGUGUUUCUACAUCAAUUUGCCCUUGGGAGGCCUCACGAUAUUGGUCGUUUGCUUUCUUCUCAAACUGGAUGAGCAGAAACCAAAGUUGGCCAGCUGGAAAGAUGUGGUCAAGCCCCUAG